UCGGAAAGGUUGAAGAAGGAGAAGAAGAUUCUAGUUGUUUUAGAUGAUGUUUGGGCUAGACUAGAUCUAGAGCAAGUCGGAAUUCCUUUUGGAGAUCAACACAAGGGAUGCAAGAUACUGCUGACGUCAAGAAAUCGAGAUGUUCUAACCAAUGAGAUGGAUGCAAAGAAGGCUUUUAUAAUCGAUGGUUUGAAAGAAACAGAAGCUUGGGACCUGUUCAAGAGGACGGUUGAGAACGAUUUUGAAGAUCCUGAGUUACGAUAUGUAGCAACUGAGGUAGCCAAAAAGUGCGAAGGAUUGCCCGUCGCCAUUGUGACAGUCGCAAGAGCUUUGAAAAGCAAAGAUAUACAUGCGUGGAAGGAUGCUUCUCGGAAACUUCAGAAACCUUCUCCAAGCAACUUCACAGGGAUACCGGCAGCUGUCUAUUCAGCUAUAGAGCUGAGUUACAAUUAUUUAGAAAGUGAUGAACUCAGACAGACUUUCUUGCUUUGCGGUCUUCUAGGUCAUAAUGCUCGCGUUGAAGACUUGGUGAGAUAUGGCAUAGGUUUACGUUUAUUUGAUAAUGUCGACACAGUAGAAGACACGCGAAACAGAGCGUUGACACUGGUAAGUGGCCUCAAGGCCUUUUGUUUGUUGCGUGAUAGUUACAGCCAUGACCGCUUCGAUAUGCAUGACUUCGAUUGUGAUGUGGCCUUAGCAAUUGCCUCUAGGGAUAACCAUGCAUUUGCAUUGAAACUUGAGGGUGUUUUUGACGAUUGGCCAGAUGAAGAGAGGAUGAGAAAGUUUAAAAUGAUUAGUUUGAGUUUUGACAGUGCUCAGAAGCUUCCUCAUGGGUUGGAAUGUCCACUACUAGAUUUUUUCUUUAUGGCACUGCAAGAAAAAUCGUAUGUCCACCCCUUCAUGGCGAGCGAGGAUUCUGAUCGGGAAAUGCCAGCUAGCUUUUUCCGGGGAAUGGAAAACCUUAAAGUCUUACAUUUGAUUAAAAUCAAAUUUUCCUCAGUUAGUCUCCCGACAAGUCUUCGAACACUGUGCCUAAAUCAAUGUGUGCUGAGAGAAAUGGUCAAUCUUGGAAAACUCAAGAAUCUAGAAAUUCUUAACCUUUCCGGUUCUAAUAUUAAAAUGCUACCUGAGGAAACGGGACAAUUGACUAGGUUAAGGUUAUUGGAUCUGAGUGGUUGUUACAAUCUUAAGAUUUCAACAGGUGUUUUAUCAAGUUUGUCCAAAUUAGAAGAAUUGUAUAUGGGUGGGAGUUUUCAUCUUUGGAAUGAAGGAAGCAAUGCUCGUCUUGAUGAAUUGAGGGAUUUGCCUUGUUUGACCACUUUAUAUGCUUGUAUUCUUGACGUCAAGAUUGUGUCAUCUGACCUUUUCAUUCUGUUCGCUGAAAAAUUGAAAAGAUACAGGAUUUUCAUUGGAAAUAAUGAGUUCUGGCCUGGCGGGAUUAAAUUCUCAAGAGCACUCAAACUCAAGCUAAAUACAAACAUCAAUCAACUGGAUGAUGGGAUGCAACGUUUGUUGAUGAAAUCAACAGCUUUUUACCUGGAGAAUCUAGAAGGUCCCAAGAUUGUUUUCAGUGAGGAGGGCAAUAGGGAAGGUCUUUUGCAUUUAAAGCACAUUCACAUUGAACGAGGUUCGGAGAUACAAUAUAUCAUGAAGGAUAACAAUGCACUUAAUAAAAUUGAAUUUCGGCAAUUAGAAUGGUUGAUACUUGCGAAAUUACCACAGCUCAUUAGCUUCUGCUCUAAAAACAGAUCAGGGGCCUCUACUUCCACACCUCAACAUGAGUUGGCACUUUUCGGUGAGGAGAUGAGGUUCCCUUGCUUGGAGAAGCUACAAUUGGAGACACUCAAGGUUGAGAAGAUAUGGCCCCAUCAGUUUUCAAUCAUUUCUGACUAUCUUCAGAAUUUGAAAAGUUUGAGCAUUCAAAAUUGUGACAACUUAAAACACAUAUUAUCAUAUUCUGUGGCUACAAGUCUAACACAUCUCAAAAGCCUUGAAAUAUAUGGAUGUGAGUGCUUAAAAGAGAUAAUGUUCAUGGAGGAUAUAGAAGAAGAUAUGAUGGACCGGCUUUUCCCUAAACUAGAACUUUUGAAGUUUCAAGAACUUCCCAAUCUCACGAGAUUCUGUCAUGGAAGUAACUUUGAAUUCCCCUUGUUGAAAAAGCUUAUUAUUAAAGAAUGUCCUACAUUUGAGACAGUCUUCUCCAAAUCUACCAUGGCAAAUGAAAUUCAUAUUAUCCAAGAAGUAGAAGAAAACAACUCAGAGAUCAAUGUCCCUCAUCUCUUCAAUGAAAAGAUGAAAUUUCCUUGCUUGGAGGAGCUACAAUUGUACUCACUCAAUGUUGAGAAGAUAUGGCCCAAUCAGUUUUCAACCAUUUCUGACUAUCUUCAGAAUUUGACAUGGUUGAGCAUUCAGUAUUGUGACAACUUAAAGCACAUAUUAUCAUAUUCUGUGGCUACAAGUCUAACACAUCUCAAAAGUUUUGAAAUAAAGGGGUGUGGGUGCUUAAAAGAGAUAAUGUUCAUGGAGGAUAUAGAAGAAGAUAUGAUGGACCAGAUUUUCCCUAAACUAGAACUUUUGAAGUUUGAAGACCUUCCCAAUCUCAUGAGAUUCUGUCAUGGAAGUCACUUUGAAUUCCCCUUGUUGAAAAAGCUUAUUAUUGAAGAUUGUCCUACAUUUGAGACAUUUUUCUCCAAAUCUACCAGGGCUUCAUUCCCCAAUCUAGAAAAAUUAACAUUGGAGGAUAAUAGCAUUAUGAAAGAGAUAUGGCAUGGGCAACUUAGAGCAGAGUGUGAUGAAGGGAAACGACGCAUUGUUUUUCCCCGACUCAAGUAUUUGGAAUUAAGCUAUCUACCAACUUUGGCUAGCUUCUGCUCAAGGGAUCAAAUCUUUGAAUUCCCUGCCUUAGAGAAAAUGGUUGUGACAGAUUGCCCAAAGAUGAAGAUUUUCUGUCAAGGAGAUUUAAGCACACCACAAUUGCAAAAAGUGAUAUUGAGGAAAUAUGAAGAUGAAGAAAAAGGGUGGUGGGAAGGCGACCUUAAUACAACUAUAGAACGGAUGUUUGAAGAAAGGGUUGGAUACAGCGAUUUGAGACUCUCUGAUGCUUCUGAGUUGAUGGAGAUAUGGAGCAAGAAUCCUCAAGAAAUUUUAUCCUUCAAACAUCUUGAAACGUUACAAGUUUAUGAUUGUAGCACGUUGAGGUUCCUUUUUACACUUUCCAUGGCUUUGACCCUGCCACAACUCCGUAAGAUGGAAGUAAGAAAUUGCACCGAGAUGGAACAUAUCAUCAUAGAUGAAGGACCACAUAAACAAGUGUCAAAUAAGAUUGUGUUUCCUCUGCUAAGGUUCAUAACUCUUGAAUCUUGUGCGGACUUGGCAACUUUCUAUCAAGGAAGUAAAAUACUGGAAUGUCCAUCCUUGGAAAGAUUUAAGGUGGUUGAUUGUCCCCAGAUGUUUGCAUUUGCAUCUGCAUUGUCAAGAGAGCAAAGAAUAGAAAUGAUUGAUGAAGGAGGAAACACAACAAGGCUUUCUAAGGGAAUUGCUGAUGUUGUCUUUUUCGAUAACAUGGUGGCAUUCCCUCGUUUAUAUUAUUUGCAUAUUGAAGGCAUCGGGAAAUUGAGGAAAAUAUGGGAUGAUAAGGUCACUACGAAUUCAUUUUGUGAUCUGCAAUAUCUUAAGGUGAAAGACUGUGAAAGACUUUCAAAUAUUUUUCCAUUAAACAUGAUGGAAAGACUUCAGAAACUAUUUUCACUGUACAUAGUGAACUGUGAUUCAUUGGAAGAAAUAAUUGAACCUCAAGGACUCAAUUCCAAUGAAUCACACGCAGUAACAGCCACUGAAUCAAGGCUGUCAGAACUUCCUGAGCUCACACAUCUCUCCAAAGAAGAAAUUCCACUUGGAGAAGUAGUUUUCAACAACUUAAUGCAUUUAGAAGUGUCGGGAUGUGGCAAACUAAAGAAUUUAAUGCCAUCUUCGACAUCUUUCAAAGAUUUGAUAUCUCUGAAAGUAUCAAAAUGUCAUGGAUUAAUGAAUUUAGCAACACUCCCAGUGCCUAAGAGCAUGGUCUUACUUGGAGAAAUGAGUAUUACAGAUUGCCAAAUGUUGGAAGAAAUCAUAGCUUCUGCAAGUGAUGAAGUGAUGGAUGGCAUUAUUUUCUCUAAACUGUGGUCUUUAGAACUUGAUGGUCUUUCGAGCCUAUCAAGGUUCUGCUCAGGGAAUUAUAUGCUUGGAUUCCCUUCCUUGAAGAAGGUAAUCAUGAGACGAUGUCCAAAGAUGGAAAUAUUCUCAAAGGGAGAGUUAAGCACACCAAUGUUGCACAGCAUACUAUCAACUGAAGAUGCUUAUGUAGGACGUUGGGAAGGCAACCUUAAUGCCACUAUUCAACAGUUGUUUAAAGAAGAGAAUGUCCAAAAUUGUGAAGAGACUGAAGUUUCCUUUUAAUUGCCCAAACUGGAGUAAGGCAAGAUAUUGUUGUACCUGUGGGACACUUAAAGGUUCAUUUUUCUUCUAUCAAAUCUGGAAAUCAGAGGGUAAGCAGAUCUUCUAUUUCCUUCACUUAAAGGCAAGAUAAUCUUCAUUACUCUACUUGAUUUCCUUCACCAUGGCUAAUUGCAUUUUAGAGUUAUAGUGGAGAUGCCCUUUUCCAUUGCAGGUUAAACUGCUCUACUCAAGUAUAAUGAUUCUGCUCAGUUGGUAGCCACAUUCCUUUGAAUCCAAAUGGCUAUCUCACUUUCUAGUUUCUGUAAAUUUGCUUUGUUUGAAGUUGCAGUUUCCAUAUGUAACUCCAAUUGUCAGUAUUGAAUAUUCAGGAGCAUGGAACUAAAAAUAUGCAAA